CUCUCCCCGCCCCUCCGGGAUAGCAGUGCGGAAGCGGAAGAGGCUGCAGGGCCGGGGAGCCUGUCCGGAGGCCGUCUGGGUCCUGGGGUCCGGGCCGCCCGCCGCGAUGCCGAGCCCCCGGAGGAACGUGGAGGUUCGCGCCCUGGGCGUCUCUGCCUCGAGCAGCAGCAGCAGCAGCCCCAGCAGCCCGGCCCACGGCGGCGGCGGCGGCGGCGGCGGCAGCGGCAGGUUCGAGUUCCAGUCCCUGCUCGGCAGCCGCGCGGCGGGCGCGGACCCCACCUGCGCCCGGCUCCGCGUGUCCGAGAGCCCGGUGCACCGGCGCGGCUCCUUCCCGCUGGCGGGGGCCGUCCCCUCGCAGGCGCCUCCGCCCCCGCUGCCCGAGGAGGACCGCAUCGACCUGAACCCGUCCUUCCUGGGCAUCGCCCUGCGCUCCCUGCUGGCCAUCGACCUGUGGCUGUCCAAGAAGCUGGGGGUGUGCGCGGGAGAGAGCUCGUCCUGGGGCAGCGUGCGGCCCCUUAUGAAGCUGCUGGAGAUCUCGGGACACGGCAUCCCCUGGCUGCUGGGCACCCUCUACUGCCUGUCCAGGAGCGACAGCUGGGCCGGGCGCGAGGUGCUGAUGAACCUGCUCUUUGCUCUGCUUUUGGACCUGCUGCUGGUGGCCCUGCUCAAGGGGCUGGUCCGCAGGCGUCGCCCAGCCCACAACCAGAUGGACAUGUUUGUCACCCUCUCGGUGGACAAGUACUCCUUUCCCUCGGGACAUGCCACCAGGGCCGCCCUGGUGUCGCGGUUCAUCUUGAACCACCUGGUGUUGGCCAUUCCACUGAGGGUGCUGGUGGUAUUGUGGGCCUUCAUCUUGGGCCUCUCCAGGGUCAUGCUGGGGCGACACAAUGUCACCGACGUGGCUUUUGGCUUUUUUCUGGGCUACAUGCAGUACAGCAUCGUGGACUACUGCUGGCUGUCACCGCACAAUGCUCCAGUCCUCUUUGUACUGUGGAACCAACAAUGACACCGUCUUAUUCAUUAUGGCACCAGGAGAUCUAGAUGGUUCCACAUGCGAUCAUGCUGACAUAAACCAGCAGCCAUACCGCUUGUCCCUCUUAGGACAUUUCAGGCUUCCUUUGGAAUUUUAGGUGUCCCUCUUGAUGGGUUGCUAGGCUGAAGCCACAUGCUGGCCAUUACUGAUCAGGGCCAUAUUACAGAAAGAAAGAAAAAUCCCACUGUUAUACAUUCAACAACUGUUUGUAUCUCCAGGACAACUGCAAAGAAAUCGAGCUGGGGUGAUUGUAAUGUUGCUGUUUUUUCAAAAUUGACAUCAGAAAAAUUGUAUUUUGUAGUGAUCCUAUACGUCAAUAUAUCACUUGUGAACUGAACUUUG